AUGUUUGAUGGUGGUAAGAGAGAGGAUGAAGAGAGCUGUACAUAUAGGAAUCCUGCCAGUGAAAUCUUUGCAGCCAAGAUAAGUGUGCAUGAGAUCUCUGCAGCUGAGAAGCAGCAAGCAACUUUGAUGAAGUUAGAAAAUUCAGCAAGAAUAAUACAAAGAACAUGGAGAAGAUAUGUUGACAUGCAGUUGUUUAAGCAUUAUAAGAAUAUGAUUAAUUUCAGAGGAAGAGGAAACCCUCGGAGCAUGAUGAAAUGUAUUAACCCUAUUGAGGCAGAUUUAUUGGACAGGGCUGCUGGAGUUCAUGUUCGAUUCAGACUGGGGGGAGAAACGUUUCCUCCAAAAAUCUACUACAAAAUAUUUACACACCGACCAAUUGUGGAUUUGUGUGCAAACAGUCCUAAAGAUUAUACUAAUCCUUCAGCCAAACAGAAAGUACCGAGGCAAAUUCAUAACCAUAAUCCUCUAAAAAUUCAGGAAAAUGAUCGCAGUGGGUGGUACAAACGAAAGGAGAAUAAUGACUGGAGAAGUCUUUCAGACAAGUACCUUGGAACCACGACAGAUUACAUGCAGUUUGAGCCAAACAGAAAGACAACAAUGUUUCAUCAUUCUAUAUCCCAGAGAAGACAGGAUGUUAUGAGAAAACAAAAACAAAGAAAAAUUGAAUGGAUGAAAAAGAUGUACCAGGAGGGCAUGAUGCAGGCCCAAACACUGGAUCCAAAUACAGCUGUUUUAGUGCAAAGAGCAACAGAGGGAGUAAUCAACAGUAUAGAACAAAAUGGUCCAAAUGCUGUCCUUGAUUGGGAAGUGGAUGAAUUACUUGAAUGGACAAAUGCACUGAAUUUUGAAAAAUACCUAAGUGACUGGAUGACAAUUGCAAGUAGCAACUCUUCUACAGUUUACUAAGAGACAAGAUGCUGACCUUACAAUCAAGUCUAUUUAUAGUGCUCAGUAAUGCACUAUGUGGAGUUAACCAAUAAGAA